AUGAUGCAAAAAUUUUUCUCAUUCGUACUUUUCAUUGUCGUUAUCAAUGCUCAACAGUUUCAGGCUGCUUGGGAACUUAAUUAUUUAUUUCCGUCAAUGAUUUUUGAGCCAGCUUCCAAAUUAACACCACCAUAUAAACAAGGGAUCUAUUCCUAUUCAUUUGUUAUUCCUCCGCCAAGUAAACUCUAUGGGCCUAAUGUGGCUUUUUACCUUUUUGCUGGUCAACCAACGAGUAAAACAGCUGAAAUUGUUUUCAAUCAAGAUGGUCAAUUUUUUCAAACAUUAUCUGAAAAACAAUAUUGGCAAUCCAAAAAAAUACCCAUACCAUUGACAGUCAAUGCAACUAAGAUCGAUCUCCAUAUUCGAGAUGGUGAUAAGUUUGGUCCAACGUACACUAUUCAUGUCACACGAGCAACUCAAUAG